AUGGCGUCUUCGCAGGCUCGCCCCCUGGAGGGCAAGUUUGGCAUCGUCACGGGAGCAUCACGGGGCAUCGGCGAGGCCAUCGCCCGCAACCUGGCCAGCAAAGGCUGCUCGUUGCUGCUCAACUACACGUCCGACUCGUCGCGUGCCCGCACCGAAGAGCUCGCUGCCUCGCUGUCGACAGAACACUCGGUUCGAUGUGCAGUCGUCCAGGCUGACCUGGCCGACCCCGAGCGCGGCACCGCCACCAUCCUGUCUGCGGCCAAAGAGCACUUCACGAACCCUGACACGCACACCCUCCGCAUCGACAUCCUGAUCAACAACGCCGGCGUCUCGCAGGACCGCCGGCUCAACGACCCCGUCAAGGGCCCCAUCACGCCCGACUACUUCCACUGGCACUACAACAUCAACGUGCUCGCCCCGCUGCUGCUCACCCAGGCCUGUGUGCCCUACCUGCCCACCGACCGCUCCGGCCGCAUCGUCAACAUCUCCAGCGUGUCGUCCAGCCUGGGCUUCGUCGGCCAGUCCGUGUACGGCGGCACCAAGGCUGCCAUCGAGGCCAUGACGCGCACCUGGUCGCGCGAGCUGGCCGACCGCGCCACCGUCAACGCCGUCAACCCGGGCCCCGUCAUCGGCGACAUGUACUUCUUGACCGGCGAGCAGUUCUGGAAAGACAUGCAGGGCUGGCAGGACAACACGCCGCUGAGCAAGGUCGACCCGGAGGGCAAGGACCUGGCCGGCGUGGACGAGGAGAAGGUUCGCCUGAUUUACGAGAAGAUGGGUGGUCGUCGACCAGCGUUUACCAGCGAGAUUGCUGGCGUCGUGGCAAUGCUGUGCACGCCCGAUGCGGCGUGGUGUACGGGGAGCGUGGUUAAUGCCAACGGGGGGAUGAAGUUCACUGUAUAG